AUGCCUGGAGAUCCAGCCAAAGAGUUGAAGAAGAUGUUCCAGGUGCCACUCCAGGAGCUGCAUUUGGGCCCUGCAGUAAUACGGGAGUCUGGAAUAGCCAGCGCAACAGCCAAUUAUACAGUUGCAGUGAAGAGAUUCAAGAAAACGCUCAGGUUUGGGAAUGAGCUGGAAAUGCAUCUCCACUCCCAGCUGCGGCAUCCCAACAUUGUUCAGUUCAUGGGUGUCAUUGUCGAUUUCGAUGAAAGGGGAUGGCUCCCUUACGGCUUCAUGAUGGAGAGCGUCAACAUGGGAAGCCUGGACAGUUUGCUAGAUGCGUCCAGGGCGGUCUUUCCGUCUGAACCCUUGCCCUUCCGUCUGCGAUUGGAAAUCGGUGCCCAGUUCGCCCAGGGACUGGCCUACCUACACCGGCAACAGAUCGUUCACUUUGACGUGAAGCCCCUCAACCUGCUGCUGAAGCGCGAGAAUGGCCAGAUGGUGGCCAAGGUGAUCGACUUGGGCUACUCAAAGCGAAUGGAGGGGGGGACUGUGGAUGCUCGGAAGUCGUCUUCGAGUGGCUACAGAGGUACACGGAAGUACUUGGCACCGGAGAUAGUGCUGCACACAGAGAGUGUCAAUGAAAAGGUGGAUGUGUACUCCUUCGGGGUGAGUUUGUGGAAGAUGUACGUGCGACGGUCGCCGUAUGAGGGAUACUCGAAGGACGAUAUUUCCAACCGCAUAAAGGCGGGCGAUCCCAUUCCUUUGCCCGACUUGGAAACGUGCGAGCCAAUGUGGCAAGAGUUGAUAAAGGCGUGCACUCGGUGGGAGCCUGAGGAUCGACCGUCGAUGGCUGAGGUUGCGGCGCAGCUGGAACACUGGCUGCAAAAAGUGAGCAAGAGUGUAAGCGCGGAUCAGUACUCCAUCUUCGACUGA